CCUGCCCCGUGCCCCCACCCCCGACGUGUUCUGGGCCAGCCUGCUCCGUGUCCAGCUCUGCGUCCAGGAGCUCCAGGGGGCCAUCGAGGGGCAGCCGGACACCGGGGACCUCCCCCAGCCCGGGGGUCCGGAGCCCCUGGAUGGGGCUGGGAGAGUCUCCCAAGAGAUCCAAGGCCAUGGGUCUGGGCUUGAGGACAUCUUCCAGGUGUCCGUGGGUGAGGACAUCCCAGCCAAAUCCGUGGCCAAGGAUGAGGACAUCCCAGCCAAAUCCGUGGCCAAGGGUGAGGACAUCGCAGCCAAAUCCGUGGCCAAGGAUGAGGACAUCCCAGCCAAAUCCACGGCCAAGGAUGAGAACAUCUUCCAGGAGCACCAAAGCCAUGGAUCCACAUUUGAGGACAUCUUCCAUGUGUCCAUGGAUGAGGACAUCCCACCCAAAUCCAUGGCCAAGGAUGAGAACAUCUUCCACCAGCAUCAAAACCUUGGAUCCACCCACGAGAGCGUCUUCCAGGUGUCCACAGAUGGGUCCAUCCCACCCAAAUCCAUGGCCAUGGAUGAGGACAUCCCACCCGUGUCCAUGCCCAAGGAUGAGAACAUCUUCCAGCAGCACCAAAACCUUGGAUCCACCCACGAGAGCAUCUUCCAGGUGUCCACAGAUGGGUCCAUCCCACCCCUGUCCAUGGCCAUGGGUGGGAGCAUCUUCCAGGAGCACCAAAGCCACGGAUCCACAUUUGAGGACAUUCUCCAGGAUGUCCAGGACAUCCCACCCAGUUCCGUGCCCAAGGAUGAGGACAUCCCACCCUUGUCCGUGACCAUGGAUGAGAACGUCUUCCAGAAGCACCAAAGCCAUGGAUCCACCCACGAGAGCAUCUUCCAGGUGUCCAUGAGUGGGGACAUCCCACCCCUGUCCAUGGUCGUGGAUGAGAACAUCCUCCAGGAGCACCAGUUCCGUGGAUCCACCCAUGAGAGUAUCUUCCAGGUGUCCAUGGGUGGGGACAUCCCACCCAAUUCCGUGCCCAAGGAUGAGGACAUCCCACCCCAGUCCAUGCCCGUGGAUGAGAGCAUCUUCCAGGUGUCCACGGAUGGUUCCACCUCACCCAAUUCUAUGGAUAAGGACAUCUCGCCCAAGCCCACAGACGAGAGCAUCUUCCAGCAGCACCAAUUCCAUGGAUCCACCUACGAGAGCAUCUUCCAGGUGUCCACGGAUGGCUCCAUCCCACCCAAAUCCAUGGCUGUGAAGGAGGACAUCCCACCCAAAUCCAUGGCCAUGGAUGGGAGCAUCUUCCAGGAGCUCCAAAGCCACGGAUCCACAUUUGAGAACAUUCUCCAGCUGUCCAUGGAUGAGCCCAUCCCACCCAAUCCCAUGGCCGUGGAUGAGGACAUCCCACCCCAGGCCGUUCCCGUGGACGGGAGCGCCUUCCCCGAGGACCAACGCUUUGGGUUCCUCUUUGGGAGCAUCUUCCAGAUGUCCAUGGGUGGGGACACCUCCCACGGCCAGGUGACAACGGACGGGACCACCUCACCCAGGACCGAGCUGUCCGAGCGCUGGGAGCGCGUGCUGAGGGACAGGAGCUUCCCGCCCGCUGUCGUCACCAUGGGUGGGGACAUCCCCCACGUGUCCGUGCCUUUGGACAUCUCAUCAUGGACCGUGACUAUGGGUGGGGACAUCUCCUGCACAUCCAUGGCUUCAGACACCUCAUCCCGGACCGUGGCCAUGGAUGGCACCAGCUUGCCCAAGACCAUGACCAUAGGUGGGACCAUCUCAUCCAAAUCCGUGACCAUGGAUGGUCCCGUCUCGCCCAACUCCAUGACUGUGGAUGAGAGUGGCUUGUCCAAGACCAUGACCAUGGGUGGGACCAUCUCACCCAAACCCAUGACCAUGGAUGGGUCCAUCUCUCCGGAGCCCCUUUCCAUGGAUUCAAGGAGCUCAUCCAAGACCAUGACCAUGGGUGGAACCAUCUCACCCAAACCCAUGACCAUGGAUGGGUCCAUCUCUCCGGAGCCCCUUUCCAUGGAUUCGAGGAGCUCAUCCAAGACCAUGACCAUGGGUGGAACCAUCUCACCCAAACCCAUGGCCACUGAUGGGACCCUUUCUCUGGAGCCCCUUCCCAUGGAUUCGAGGAGCUCAUCCCAACCCAUGACCAUGGAUGGAUCCAUCUCUCUGGAGCCCCUGCGCAUGGAUUCGAGGAGCUCAUCCCAACCCAUGGCCACUGAUGGGUCCAUCUCUCUGGAGCCCCUUCCCAUGGAUUCGAGGAGCUCACCCAAGCCCAUGACCAUGGGUGUCACCAAUUUGUCCAAGACUGCGACCACGGAUGGUCCCAUCUCACCCAAAUCCAUGACCACGGAUGGCACCAUUUCUCCAGAACAUGUGCCCACCGGUUUGACCAACUCAUGCCAGCCCAUGGCCAUGGAUGGUCCCAUCUCACCCAAGUCCAUCACCCCGGAUGAAACAAUUCCUCUGGAGGAUGUUCCCAUGGAUUCAAGGAUCUCAUCCACGCCCACGCCCAUGGAUGGGACCACCUUGUCCAAACCCAUGGCCAUGGAUGGGUCCAUCUCUCCAGAGCCCCUGCCCACGGGUUCAACCAUCUCCCCCAAGUCCGUGACCAUGGAUGGUCCCAUCUCACCCAGAUCCCUGACCCCAGAUGGGUCCAUCUCUCUGGAGGACGUUCCCAUGCGUUCAAGGAUCUCAUCUGAGCCCAUGACCAUGGGUGGGACCACCUUGUCCAACCCCGUGGCCAUGGAUGGGACCACCUUGUCCAACCCCGUGGCCAUGGAUGGGACCCUUCCUCUGGAGCACCUGCUCAUGGAUUUGACCAUUUCAUCCCAGACCGUGGCCCCGGAUGGGAGCACCUUGUCCAAGACCGUGACCGUGGGUGGAACCCUCUCCCCCAGACCCAUGACCAUGGAUGGGUCCACCUCUCCACAGGACAUUCCCACGGAUUCAAGGACCUCCUCCAAGCCCAUGACCAUGGAUGGGACCACCUUGUCCAACCCCAUGACCCCGGAUGGUCCCAUCUCCCCCAGACCCAUGACCAUGGGUGGGACCCUUUCUCUGGAGCACCUGCCGUGGAUUUGACCAUCUCCCCCAGACCCAUGACCACGGAUGGUCCCAUCUCCCCCAGACCCAUGACCAUGGAUGAUCCCAUCUCCCCCAGACCCAUCUCCCCAGAUGGUCCCAUCUCCCCCAGACCCAUGACCA